ACUUACGGCCGCCCCCUCGGAGAAAGCCGUUGCGGGCGGAAUGCGGAAGCCGGUACCGGCUCGCAAGCCCCGCGAGCUGGCCGCUCUCCAGAAUGACCCAGUCAGUGGUCGUACAGGUCGGCCAGUGCGGAAACCAGAUCGGCUGUUGCUUCUGGGACCUGGCGCUAAGGGAGCACGCUGCGGUCAACCAGAAGGGAAUUUAUGAUGAGGCAAUAAGCAGCUUCUUUAGAAAUGUGGAUACCAGAGUGGUUGGUGAUGGUGGAAGUAUUUCCAAGGGAAAAAUAUGUUCUUUAAAAGCACGAGCUGUUUUGAUUGAUAUGGAGGAAGGGGUAGUGAAUGAAAUUCUGCAGGGACCACUGAGAGAUGUAUUUGAUACAAAUCAGCUCAUCACUGAUAUUUCUGGCUCAGGAAAUAAUUGGGCUGUGGGUCACAAAGUUUUCGGCAGUCUUUACCGAGACCAGAUUUUAGAGAAACUAAGAAAGACAGCAGAGCACUGUGAUUGCUUGCAGUGUUUCUUUAUAAUACAUUCCAUGGGAGGAGGAACAGGCUCUGGACUUGGCACCUUUCUUUUAAAGAUGCUUGAAGAUGAAUUCCCAGAAGUAUACAGAUUUGUAACUUCCAUUUAUCCUUCUGAUGAGGAUGAUGUCAUAACCUCACCUUAUAAUAGCAUCUUGGCAAUGAAGGAACUUAAUGAGCAUGCAGACUGUGUGUUGCCCAUUGACAAUCAAUCUUUAUUUGACAUCAUUAGCAAAAUUGACCUCAUGGUGAAUUCUGGAAAGUUGGGUACAACUGUGAAGCCAAAGAGUCUGGUUACUUCAAGUUCUGGGGCUUUAAAAAAGUGUUAUAAGAAGCCCUUUGAUGCAAUGAACAACAUUGUGGCAAAUCUGCUGCUCAGCCUAACAAGCUCUGCAAGAUUUGAAGGGUCCCUUAAUAUGGACCUUAAUGAAAUCAGCAUGAAUUUAGUUCCUUUUCCCCAGCUUCAUUAUCUGGUGUCAAGCCUAACACCUCUAUAUACACUGGCAGAUGUUAACGUUCCUCCUAGAAGAUUGGAUCAGAUGUUUUCAGAUGCUUUUAGUAAAGAUCACCAGCUGCUUCGGGCAGACCCCAAACACAGUCUUUACCUCGCCUGUGCACUCAUGGUGAGAGGAAGUGUACAAAUUUCAGAUCUUCGCAGAAAUAUUGAAAGAUUAAAACCAUCUCUACAAUUUGUCUCCUGGAAUCAAGAAGGCUGGAAGACCAGCCUGUGUUCCAUACCUCCUGUGGGCCAUUCUCAUUCAUUAUUAGCUUUAGCAAAUAACACAUGUGUGAAGCCCACCUUCGUGGAACUGAAGGAGAGAUUCAUGAGGCUCUAUAAGAAAAAGGCUCACCUUCAUCACUAUCUACAAGUUGAAGGGAUGGAAGAAAGCUGUUUCACAGAAGCUGUGUCAUCUUUAUCAGCACUCAUACAGGAAUAUAACCAACUGGAUGCCACAAAAAACAUGCCUGUGCAAGAUUUACCCAGACUAAGCAUAGCUGUGUAAAUAAGAAAACCCCAAAAAUACUUUCUUAAUCUCACAUUGUUUUUUCUGACCUGUUUCAGCAUUUUUGUGAUUCGGAAAGUGCAGGUUGUUUUUUUGUUUGUUUUGUUUUGGUUUUUUUUUUUUUCAUAUUUUCAGGAAAUAUUUUUGUCUAAAAGAGUGAGUUCUGUUUAAUCACAGUUUGUUGGUAAUACCAAUAUGUGCAAUUAGUGAAAUCCUAGUACCUUAACUUCAAACAUUUCUCUUCAGCAAAGUCCCUUUUUCUAAAAUUGAAAGAACAGAGUUCUUGAAUAUUUUGCUGUAUUUAUAUCCUCAUAUUUAGGCAUUUAUGCACUGAUAAUUAUGUCUUCAAUAAAAAUCUUGUACAGAUAUAUUUUUCGUAAGUAUU